CCCGCUCCGCCAUAUUUGUUACAGUAAGACUUUUCUUCAGUUCAUGUGGAUGUGAAGUUUGUUUUGCCGUAUUUAUAUUGUACUUUGAUGAAGCGCACUGAUUUUACUUAUAGAGUUUAACAUAAUUAAUAUUCUGUUUUAGUUUAUUCAGUUCAAGAACUGCGAUUAAUCUCUAACUUAAACCAUGAGGAGGAGAAGUGAUCGGAGCAAAACCAAACCCACACCUAAGGAAGAGUCUCCAGAAAAAUCUACACGUAAAUCACACAGACAUUCAAGAAGGCGAAGAAAGUCGUCAUCAUCCUCGGACGGUGAAAACAAAGCUUCUAAGCCUGAUGUGGAGAGUAUUACACAACCAAUAGAAGUGCAAAUUCAAGACAUCGAGCUACCACAGGAAAAGCCUGUUGAAGCACCUGUUAAGGAGAAAGAAGAAACCACGAAAAAAUCAAAUGAUAAACCUCAGGAAUGGAAAGAGGAUGACUCAUUUUGGGGAUCUGAAAAUGCUAAGCCUGCUCAGGAUAAACCUGGUGAAAACGCAAGUACAAAUGAAAAAGAAGAGAGUUCUGUGUGGAAGGUUCAAAGUUCAAAUGGAGCCGAAGGAGGUGAAAUACAAAAAUUGAAAAUAUGUCGUCAGAGACCGACAGAAUCUCCUGAAAUAGGAGAAACAUCUUUACUCAAAAGGUUAAAUCGAGUCCCUAGAGAAAGUCGGAGCACUGAUGAUUCUGCACAUGAAGAGUCCGAGAAGGAAACAAAGAAAUCAAAACACAGAACACGGACUUCAUCUAAAAAUAGUCCCCUAGUCUCACCCACCGUCAUCUGUGACAUGUCGGAAGAUUCUCCAACGAAAAUCAAAAUAAUCAACGUCAGUCACAUAAGCACCGAGAAGGGUGGCGGAAGUGUAACCAAAGUCACGAGUGAUGAAGUAGUAAAUGAGAGAAGUCAAGAAUUGAUUGCUAAUCAAGCCCAAGAUGAUAGUCAGAUAAGCGACACGCUAGACAUUGCUUUGCCUGCAGAUGAUCCCCCUCCACAAGUUACACCAGAAGCAGAAAACAAACAGAACACUGAAGAAAAGGUUGAAGAACCUGCAACAAACGUUUCUGUUCCCAUUGAUACCUCUGAGACAACCAAUGUAAAAGAAUCCCCCAAAGAUGAAAGCAAACCUGUAGAGAUUUCCGGAGGAAGCGAAAGUGCAAAAAUGUCUCCAAAAACAUCUCCAACAUCAAGCCCAAGGCCAAAGAAAGAAGGUGAACAUUCAAGCAGAUCGUCUAGUGGUGAUAGCGAUUGUUCGGAAGGUAAUUCUAAACCACGCAAAGUGAAAAAGAAACGGAGACGUGAACUUCAAUCAACGGUGCAGCGGAAACUUAGUACGUCGGCCAGCCCAGCACACGAGUCUUCUGACUCCGAAGACGACCAGAAGAAGAAAGAAGCCAAGAACCAAGAGUCUACGGAUCCACAAAACAACAAGAAUAUCGUCAGUGAUAAGGAGAAUGAAGCUGAUAACUCUCUCCAGCCGAAAGAGAACAAUGUCGAUGCGAACUGUGCUCAGAAGGAAGAGAAGCCUCAGUGCCCGAUGCCAAGGAAGAGAAGAUGGGGUUCUAGCAAGACAAACCACUCGGACAAGCUACAAGUUCUCACCAUAUCGACAGACUCGCUCAAGAGUUUAAUACCAGAUGCAAAACCAGUGCCAGCGGAUGAAUUACAACUCUCUGUUGAAGAAGAAGAAGGACAGUUGGAUGAUGACGAGGAAGAAGAUGAGGUAGUGGCACUAGUAGUGAAGGAAGAAGAGAAACAAAUAGAACGGGAAAGGCAGAGAGAGGAAAGGCAGAAGGAGAAGGAAAGAGAACUGGCAGAGAGGAAGAAAAAGUUUGAGCGAGUGGAGAAAGUCAAAGAGGAGAAACAUUCAACAUCACAGUCAAACACAUCUGAUAAAGGUGUGGCUCCUAGAAAAAUCCUAUUACUGUCAGAUGAUGCCAAGAAACUGGCACGUUCUCCAUCCCCACCCCGCCACAAGCCCACAAGUGUACUGUACAUAACACAUCUUGUCCGGCCGUUCACUGUCCAGCAACUCAAGAAUCUCCUGCUGCGCACAGGCACUAUCGCUGAGAAUGGCUUCUGGAUUGACAAAAUCAAGUCCAAGUGUUACGUCGAAUUCACGACUGAAGAUGCGGCAGUGGAGACAAGACACGCUCUGCAUGGAGUGAGAUGGCCCCCCAGUAACCCCAAGACGCUGGUGGUGGAGUUUGCUUCUCAUGAUGAUCUGAUAAUGGCCCAAGCGUUGGCAGAAGAGCCAGAUGUACCUCGUAAGUCUGAACCGUUGACCAUGGUUGAAGGAUGGGUCGCAGAUCAAGCCAGAAUAAAGGAGAGGAAUCGUCGGAACACUGUGCGAGAAUGGGACGUUGGCAAACCUGAUCAUCCAGACGAGGCUUUAGAUAUUGAGGAGUUAAAAAUGAAAGAAAAAAGAGAACAGGAACGAAAGACGAGAAAAGAGCGCCAUCACCGCAGCCCUACUCCAGAGGCAGAACCUCCAGUGCGCAAGGCUCGAAGGAAAGAAGAAGAUGCUCCUGCCAAAUUAUUAGAUGACUUAUUCAGAAAGACUAAGACCUCUCCUUGUAUAUAUUGGCUACCUCUCACCCAGGAACAGAUCGCUGUUAAGGAAGAAAUCAGAAGACAACACAUGGCUGAGCAUGAGAGACGGAUGGCGGAACUGAAGAAGGCAGAGCAAGCUCGGAGAGAUAGAGAGAGGCGAAACCGGAAAUGAAAUAGAUUUGAUCAAUGACGACAGCGUUGAAUAAUUUGAGGUCAAGAAUGCAGAAGGCAGAAGACGGUGGAAAUCCAAAGAAGAAAUUAGGCCUUCCACGCUAGCGGCCACUUGGGGAAAGUCUGUAAUCGGACGCGGUUACUGAGCUUGGUAAGGCAAAAUAUUUGCCUAUGCCUUGUUCGAAUUGUUCGGUUCUUGACCCAAAUAAUUAGGCGCUUGUCUCCAUUUUAAAUAGUUAAUAUUGUUUUUUAUGUACAGUUAGUUGUCGUUUAUUCCCUUAUAUUUUAUAGUUUAUUUUUUUGUAUAAAGGAGAUCGUCAUAAUUACUUGAUUUUCUUUUGCUAACAUUUUAUUUUCACCAGUAAGCCAAAUUCAAUUAAGUUUAAUCUUUGUUUUCUUUUGUUUGAAAAACUCGACUUGAUCAAUAGCCGAGUAUAACAUCAUAAAAUUUAUAAUGAUUAAACAUAAAUUCUAAAUUUCCAUUGCAUGCAAAAAAAUUUCCUUUAAUCGUGUUUUUUUUGCAAAUUUUUGAACUUAGUACCACAUGCUUUCUUACCCCAUUGCUCUCCUACCUUAUUUCAGGGAUUACAGCAUUUUCUUUACAGGUCAUAGUUAGUCGCCACUUUGGGAAUGGUCGCCGUCAUUGGCAUCAUAAAGAAGAAGAUGUGUGUCAAGAAAAAUACCAUUUUGUCUAUGUUGAAUAUUGUUGCAGCUUUCAUCGGCAAUUGUGUGUGGGGAUCUUGUGAUCUGAACAGUUUGUGCAGUGAGGACUAAACUUAUUCUUUCACCUGUAAACAAGAAAAAUUCAUCCAUAAAACCCAAUAUACUGUACUAUUAUUAAUUAUUUUCUCUUGUAUAGUGAAAAAUAUGGGAAAUACCAGGAACCACGGUUAUUGAUUGUAAAUACAAUUGUGAUGAAAUCUAAUUGGGAAAGUGAUCUGCACAAUGUACAUCAUGAUGUGAUCUUCUGUUGGACUUGAAAAUUUGUACUGGGGAAGCAUCCCUGUUAAUAUAAUAUUAAUAUGAAAUAAAUUAGAUCAGUUACAACUGCUCUUUUAAUAAUUUUGAACAGUGUUUUAUAGACAGUUGACAAGUAUUAUUUUACAUCCUUUAUAAUAGAAAAUGUGUUUUAUAUUUUCUAAAGACGUGUUAUAAAUUAUACUGGUCCUUAUUUUGAGAA